AUGAGGCCUCACUUGGACGAUGAUGCAUUACAUUAUAAAAAAAGACAACAGGAAGCGGAAAAUCUUCGAAGGGUUGCAUUUUACGGUGUAGCAUUAUCAACCAUAGCUUCAUUUAUAUGCGCAAUUUCCGUACCAAUGUUUUAUAAUUAUUUGCAACAUGUACAAUCUGUUAUGCAAAAUGAAGUGGACUUUUGUAAAUCACGCUCAAGUAAUAUUUGGCGUGAAGUAACACGAACACAGGUAUUAUCAAAAGUAAAUGGUGAAUUACGGAGCCGUAGGCAAGCCGGUUAUGACAGCUAUUCGACCAGUGAGGACAUACGUGGUGCUGGUGUUAGUGGUAGUGUUAUGACAAGUUUUGGUGGAGUUACGGGUGCACCUUCUGCACCUGGUGGUGGUUGCUGCGGUUGUGGUGUAUCACCACCUGGGCCACCUGGUGAGCCUGGUCCAGAUGGAAGUGAUGGUGCUGAUGGUGAACCAGGACCACCAGGUAAAGAUGGAGAGGAUGCACCACAGGAACCACCUACGCAACCUCAUAUUGAAUGGUGUUUCGAUUGUCCAGAUGCACCAGCCGGUCCAGCAGGAAAUCCAGGACCGAAAGGUCCAAAGGGUAGACCUGGACCACCAGGAAAGGAUGCAGAUGGUGGUAAUAGAGGACCACCAGGACCGCCAGGUGAACCAGGACCAAUUGGCGCACCAGGUCAAGCAGGUCCAAAAGGACAACCAGGAGUGCCUGGAACUGUGAUUGAAAAAACUCUACCACCAGGUCCACCAGGACCACAAGGGCCACCUGGUCAACCCGGUACACAAGGACCAGCUGGACCGAAAGGUAAUCCUGGACAAGAUGGACAACCAGGACCACAAGGUGAUAUAGGAAAAGAAGGAGCACCUGGUAAACCAGGCAGCGAUGGAAUAACUGGACCACAAGGAGAACGUGGUUCUUCCGGUUCAUGCGAUCAUUGUCCACCACCACGAACAGCACCUGGCUAUUAA